CAUUAUCAGUUGUUACCAUGUGUCGACUGUGGACUGUUUUCAUUCUAUGAUAACAGCUGAGGCAUCGAUUAGUUCCACGGAACGUAAUAUCUCGGAAUAAUAAAUAUCGUGGAAAGGACCUCUGCUCUAUGUGUAGUUUGAUAAAUAAUGCAUAGUUAACGUUGAUAAAACAUAAUGAUGACGUAAUCCUUUCAUUGGCUAAAUAUGUGUUAUUGGAUUUAAUGGAAAACAGCGGGGUAUAGAGGACAACUGAAGUGGAACCCACUAAAACGAGAACAGACAAUUCCUAAGUUAAUGAUAAAUGGACCAGCCAGAGUCCCGCUGCCAAAGAAAUGUCUUAGAGAACCAAAAUAUCUGGUGAUUGAUUAGCGAUCAGUGAACCAUCCGCUGCAAUGAAUACAAAUUGAGAACGGGAGAAUUCUGUCAGAAGUUUGCCGAAUGAGCUAUUCAGCAAAUAUAAUGGCGCCACCGAUACAGCAAGGCAACUAUAUCUGAUAAAUAAGCUUUAAAUCAUGUAAAACUUCAUAAACAGUACUGAUCUUAGACACAUCAGAUGAUCGGUUACCAAAUAAGACAGCUCAAGAAAAAGAUACAGAACUCUGAGGUAUAAAUAAACGGAAAAUGAAGUUAUUUCUUUAUACAACACUGAGAGAAGGUUAAACAUCAUAAAACUAAAUAAGGCUAUACAGAAUGCCAGUAUAUAAAGAUUUCCUCUGACGCAAGUUUCCCGUAUCAAUAAAGAGAAAGAUUAAAUGGAAUGUCUAUAAAAUAUAUCCUUAAACAUGGUAUGACGUUAUAAUCAAACUGUUGCAGUAAUACUGUUUGAUAAUUAUGAGGCUGCAAACACGCAAAAUAAGUUCCAUAAAAUUGAUUGACAUACAUGUGAAUUGUGUUCUAACAACAACAUUUAAGCAACAUCAAAUUGAGUUUCGUAAGAGUGAUAUUGCUCUGCAUUAGCAGUUUCAUUUGGGCAACACAGAAUUGACUAACAUGAGAGUGAAAUAUGUUUCUGUAAUAUGAAUGACAUUUGAACAACAAAGGAUCGAGUUACAGAAGUGGUAUAUAUUCUGUCAUAGCAAAUAUUUAAACAAGGCGGAAUAUAUUUUCGUUAGAGUGAAUUAUCUUCUGCAAUAGUUGCAACGUGAAUAUAUACUUUGUGGCAACAACAACAUUUGAACAACACGAAAUGGAGAUUGUAGAGUGAAUAUCCUUGGCAAUAACAACAACGAAGUGAGCUACCUAAGAAUGAAAUAUGAUCUACAGUUUUAGCAAUAGCACGUCGUACAAGACUAUGGCGUACACACAGAAAAUAUGCGCGUCGACUUGACAUAAUACACAUGGUUCGUAGACGAAUGAAAUUUUGUCGCAGAGGGUCGUCUUCCUCCAUGUCGUCCUUAGCCAGCAGCUCAAGUUCCGGACAGGGACGGGACGUCGAACUUGGCGGGAAUUUACCGUCUGGUACCCGGUCUUCAGGACGUUACUCACUCGAGCGGCAAAGUAGACAACGAGAAUCAUUUUCAGUACCAGCCGAUAGCAGCGCGCGUAAGCAAAAAGAUAAUAAGUCAGAGAAUACGAAGGUAGCUGUAUCGCCGCUAAUUACAAGUACGGCUCCUGUAGCGGUACCUGAAAAUGUGCAACAAAUCUCCGCAUUUGCCACAAUGACGACAACGGACAUGGGAACGGCGUCGGAACGUUUUUAUCCGUCGUCGGAAGGAUAUAUUCCAGAUUCUACUGCAAUAAUACGUGCGAAGGAGUUAUCGAAACGGGUCAUUUUAAAUGUAGGUGGUACGAAACAUGAAGUGAUGUGGAGGACUUUGGAUAGAAUGCCACACACGAGAUUGGGGAAGCUUAGAUUUUGUAACACACACGACAGCUUGAUGGAAUUAUGUGAUGAUUAUAGCCUUUCAGAUCAAGAGUUUUUCUUUGACCGGCAUCCAAGGUCAUUUGCUUCAAUUUUAAAUUUUUACCGAACGGGGAAAUUACAUAUAGUUGAGGAAAUGUGUGUUUUAUCAUUCAGCGAGGACUUGGAUUAUUGGGGUAUUGAUGAGUUAUAUUUAGAAUCUUGUUGUCAACAUAAAUAUCACCAGAAAAAAGAAAACGUGUUUGAAGAAAUACGUAAAGAGGCUGAAAGUUUACGACAACGAGACGCAGAAGACUUUGGAACGGGACCGUGUGCCAAAUGGCGGGAGAAGGUGUGGAACCUUCUGGAAAAGCCCACAACUUCAAUGGCUGCAAGGGUUGUGGCCAUUGUUUCCAUUUUAUUCAUCGUAUUAUCAACAAUUGCAUUGACUUUAAAUACUAUGCCGCACUUCCAAGAAACAAAAGUUGUGCCACAACAAACAACAGACGCUGAAAGCGACUCUCCAACUCAAAAAACUACCAAAAGAGACACUUCAAAUGAUAAUCCUGAUUUAGCAAUAGUUGAGGCUGUUUGUAUUGGUUGGUUUACGUUAGAAUAUUUAGCAAGAUUUUGGGCGUCGCCAAAUAAAUGGAAAUUUUUCAAAGCUCCAUUGAACAUUAUAGAUCUGUUAGCAAUUUUACCUUAUUUUAUUUCCCUCGGUUUGACAGAAACAAACGAGGACACGACUGCACAGUUUCAAAAUGUACGUAGAGUUGUUCAAAUAUUUAGGAUAAUGAGAAUUCUUAGGAUAUUGAAAUUAGCGCGACACUCAACUGGUCUGCAGUCUUUAGGUUACACUCUGCAACGUAGUUAUAAAGAGUUAGGACUGUUGUUAAUGUUUCUAGCGAUAACAAUAUUAUUAUUCUCAAGUCUUGCCUACUUUGCUGAAAAAGAUGAGACAGGAACAAAAUUUACCAGUAUUCCAGAGACAUUUUGGUGGGCCGCUAUCACUAUGACUACCGUUGGGUAUGGAGACAUAUUCCCGACAACCGUCAUUGGCAAGAUAGUUGGUAGUGUGUGUUGUAUAUGCGGAGUUCUAGUUAUUGCGUUACCUAUUCCAAUUAUUGUCAAUAAUUUUGCGGAAUUUUAUAAAGAUCAAAUGCGUCGAGAAAAGGCUCUUAAGCGACGUGAUGCACUAGAGCGUGCUAAACGCACAGGAAGCAUAGUCUCGUUUCAUUCGAUAAACCUCCGUGAUGCAUUUGCAAGAAGUGUUGACCUUAUGGAGGUCAAUAUUGGUAGCCAACGAGGCGCAAAUGACGAGGGUAGUAUAGACAGCAAAAAUGCAAGCCCUCCAUUAUGUGUGAUGAAGGUUAAUAAUGAUGGGACUAAAAAUGGAUCUGGUAACGAAAGUUGCGAAUCAAAGAGCCUUCCAGGGUUAUCAAAUCCCAGUGCGACCAACCUGAUGGACGCUGACGAGGAAUCGUUACGUAGGAUGACGUCAUCACAACCGGAACUCAAUGCAGAUAUACAGGGUGAAGGACGUUAUAACGUCCAUGCUGUAAAAAUUAAAGGUCAGACGGGUGAAAGAGGCGGCAGUUUGAAAAGACAUCGGUCUGAAAAUGCACAUGAAAGACACCUUCAUUUUGGAGAGGUGAUGGAGCGAACUUUUUCAUCAACUGACAAUAUACGUGAUAUGCAAGCAAUUCCGAAACCGAAAUUAAAAUUCCAAAAGGCUGUUUCCCUUGCGAGUAAAUUGCAUGGAAGUCCUUCCACUGGUCGUAAGCUUGCAAACUACCAUCUAAUAAUUAAUCCAAAGUCAGGAGGACUGUUCGACAGUGCACACCACUUGUUAGACGGUCAAGAUUCUCUCCAUAGUUCUCCUACACGACGAUCCACCCCCUCACUUGUAAACAUUCCCCCACCGAAACGCAAAUCCAUACUCAAAAAAGACAUUCAGCACAAGGAUGAGUCUGAAAACCUUCUGGCCUCAAACAGGAAAAAUGUAUUUUACGGUAUAAACAAAGGAGAGUCGAAAUCUUUCGACAGUAGUAACAAUGGUGUACAAACAUUUAUAAGCAUCAAUGACAACUUAAAUAAAACUGCUGAUCAGACUAUCUCACCUAAUGCAAUUAAGAAUAAUAAUAUCUUGGAUGAAAAUGUGAAAACGGGUAACCUUGACAACAAUAUGCACCAAUCAAACCUAGCUCAGCAGCCGCCACCAAAGAAGCAGCCAUCUUGUGAUUCCUACACGGACGAGAGUCAGUUAAAUACAUUUGACAAAUCGGAAGAUGAAAUAUUAUUUAGUGAUAGCGUGGCAUUAAGUGCGUUUAACCCAAGCAAAGCAAACAUUUGGCAAAAUUCUGAUAUCCACGGUAUUAUUACAUGGCAAACAGACACAAGUCCCUCAGACAAUUUAGAAAAUGACGAGAACUACUUUCUGUCUCUCUCACAUGACCAUACGCCCUCCGAGGACCAUGAACCUAAUAACAGCUUCCAUAACUCAUCGUCAUCGUCACAAUUCCCCCCUGACAAUGGGGACCUCAGACAACAAAGGGAAAACAGUGAGCAUUCAAAUUUUGAUUCAAACUUUGACUGCGGUAGUGAUUACAGUAAUAGAUCUAGCAAUAGAAUAAUACCAUUAGAACAGUUAAUGCAGCGGUUUCAGCGAACUCCGUCAUGUGACACAACUCCUACCAUCCCAUCACCAGGGGCAAGCGGAUGAACUAUGUAUCACACUGAGUAUUACUCAUCGAUCAUCUAGAAAUGUAAGCGACGUCCAGUGGUCUCAUGUAAGAAGAAUUUCGUGAUGAUAAGACGAGUGCUGGGUAGAUGUCUAUAAUUGAUGCAUACCUCUAUAAUACCUUGGGUGAUCUGUUCUAAAUCGCCCCACAGACGGCGCUUUUAAAUCAACCAUAACCAUCUGUUUAUAUUUAUUCUUAACAUUAAUUAAUGUGUUUUCUAAAUGGUACUAGUAGUUAUAAUUAUGUGGCAGAAAUUUCGGAUACAUACCGCAUUUAUCUAACUUUUGGUCAGAGGUUUUCAUAGUUGAUAUAGUGCUUUCUACAUUCCUACAUAAAGCCAUACUUGAAACAUUUGUAAAAUGUGUAUACUCCUUCUAGUAAUGAAGUCAAAGUUCACUUACAGCUAUGGCAUUUUGUAGAUUGGUAAAAUCCUAGCUGUGUUUUGUCCAUUUUUAGACCACGUUUUAUUACUUUUAAUACAUAUUUCUUAAUUGUUAUAUGCGAUUGCUUUUGAACAAGCGUUUGACUGCAUACACAUUGUUUUUCGAUGAUUUGUUAUUUUGAGUCAUUAACUCAGUGAAGAUAGUAUAAUGUCCAUGACCUUGCUCAAUAUUUACAAUAAUGGUCUAGUCGGUCUCAUUCAAGAUUAUGUUCUUUUGUUGGAGUUAUGAAAGACAGUAUUUAAGAGUUCUAGACAAAGAUAAUUAGCAUAAUAUUAUAAUUUUUAUGAAUCUUAUGCGCUCGUGAUCGAACCGGCGCCUUUGAAAGCUAGUUUUCUAAGAAUAUCCGAAUAAACAAUGUAAAAUUAUUCUGCAUAUUCCUCCUACAACUCUCAGGGGCUUGCAGACGACACUUAAAUUAGCAUUGCCUGAAUCAUAACUAGAUGAAAUACUCUACAUUAUGAUUCUAUGAUUCAAAUGUUUCCGCUACACAUUGUUAGUUAUACAUGUUGACGGGGUAUAUACGAGAACAUUUAGCCUGUCUGACUGAGAUUUUAUACUAACAAAGGCAGUUGGGAGAGGCAUAAAUGACUCUCUGGCAGGCUAUAAAAACCCGUGUAAACACGUCAAAACCUGUAUAACAAAUUUAUAAUACUGUAAUUCCGUGUAUUUUUAUUCCUUGUAACCAGAUCACAGACCAGUGUGGACUUCUGAAAUGUUUUACCGUGUUAUAUCUGAUACUAACCGCCUUGUAAACAUCAGUUGGCGCCUUUAAAGUUAAGAAUAUAUUAAUUCCUCUCAACGUCAUAUGUAUGACACGUUUUGGGGGAGCAAUGAUUUUGUGUUACAAUAAAACUGCUUUGCUUGAUAGAAACAACAUAGAAACUUAUAGAUACCUUAAUGAAACAUGCUGAGAGUACAAUAGUACCCUUGCAGUACAGUGUAAUUCAUUUUCUGCUCUUGAUUAAUAAUAUACCGUCUGACAAAGCAAGUCUUGUAAUCUUCGGAUCAUGAAUAAGAGAAAAAACAGAAUAACCGAAUGUAUCAGUACAGUCUUUCUCAAAGCCUGAUGUAGUGUCUGUACAUGUUUCCUCAAAUACAUUAAUUGCACGGGAAUCUGAAAGUAUCGCAACCAUGAUGUUAAUUCAGUAUCCACUGAUUAAUUUUGCAUAAACAUUAACAUAGUUACACUAAAAAAGUCUGUUCGUUAUUUUGAUUGUUCUCAGAUUGUAAAGUUUCAGUCAUGGUCUUAUUUAUUUAGCUGCUGUUAAGAUGAACGGUUUGUAUGCUUUCUAUUGGCAAACAGUUAGAAAAUGUAGGUCCUAAUGAUGUCUAACUGAAUUAAAUUCAAAUUUGUGAUGG